CCGGACAGCAACCAAACUAUCGUUAUUAUUGCCAAGCUCGGCGCCCAUCAUGGACGGGCCACCUUCAGAGGAAUCUUCUCAUCUCAGCUGGGCGAACGUUACCCUUGGCUUUUCAUUCAUCAUCUUCAACGCCGUCGUGUCGACUUCGUUCAACCUCGGCGUAGGAAAUUCCCUCAUUUCUGCUUCCUUACGGUGCAUCGCACAGCUUGCGAUCGUUGGACUGCUCCUGCAACGUGUAUUCGAGACAAACAACCCAUGGGCAGUCGCAGGGAUAGCUUUCUUGUUAAAUUUCUUGGGUACUGUCGAAGCCGUUGCCAAUAAAUCCAAGAAACGAUUUGACCACAUGUUCAUCUCCGUCCUUGCAUCAAUGCUAGGCUCGACAAUUCCCGUUUCUAUCAUCGGAACACGAUAUGCUAUGGCAGUGGAACCGUUCUGGAAACCGGAACAAUACAUCCCCAUUGUGGGUAUGCUUUGUGGUAACACAAUCUCUGGCGUGGUCGUGGCUGUUACACACGUUUUAAAGGAGUUGUGUGAUAAUCGCGACAAGAUCGAGACAUAUCUCGCCUUUGGUGCAUCGCGGUUUGAAGCAUGCACACCUAUUGCCCGAGAGGCCCUCCGUGUCGCGCUAACACCAACGAUCAACCAAAUGAGUGUGAUUGGCAUUAUAUCCAUCCCUGGUAUGAUGACUGGUGCCAUCCUUGGAGGCUCCUCGGUUUCGCAAGCUGCAAAACUACAAAUGAUCAUCAUGUUCAUGAUUUCGGCUUCCACUGCUCUCGCUGCGAUCGUUACAACCAUGGUCUCCCUCGCCACGGUGGUGGACAAUGACCAUCGUGUGCGUCCUGAUAGGGUAGAUAUCAGAGAGCACGCGAUCUGGAGAGCAAGGAACCGGCUAGUUAGUGGAGUUAUGGGUGGCGUGAAGGCAGUUGGGUUGACAGUGAUAGGUUGCUACAAAAGAAAAACUACCAGGGCGGAGGAUGGGCACAGGGAGACUGAAAGGUUGUUAGGAUAGGAUACCUGUACUAGUGUAGUGCUGUUUGCUACUUAUUAGUAUACUAAUACCAGUUUUUGGUACACAG